GUUCACAGAAUCACAAUCACAAGGUAUUUUGGUUUUGGCACCUUCUGCUUCUUUCUUUCACUCUCAGGCUCUCAGAAAUGGGCGAAGGCGGCAGCAACGAAAAUUCAAAGCCAUCCCCCCACAUCGCCGUAAUGGCGUUCCCGUUCGGCACCCAUGCUUCUCCUCUCCUCAACAUCACGCGCAGGUUAGCGGCGGUCGCCCCUGAGGCAACGUUUUCAUUCUUCAGCACGGCAGAGUCGAACCGUUCCGUCUUCCCAUCCAGCGGAGAUGCUCUUGCUCUACUACUACUACAUAACGUGAAAGCCUAUGAUAUCUCAGACGGAAUCCCCGAUGGCUACCACUUUACGGGGAGACCUCAGGAGAGUAUAGAGCUGUUCCUGGAAGCAACGCCGGGAAACUUCAAGGAGGGGUUCGAAAGGGCGGUAGCGGAGACGGGGAAGAAUAUCACCUGCRUGUUGAGCGACGCUUUCCUGUGGUUCGCGGCUGACAUGGCGGACGAGCUCGGCGUGCCGUGGGUCCCGUUUUGGACGUCUACCCUUUCCUCUCUAUCCACCCAUUUCUACACUGAUCUCAUCCGCCACAGGAUUGGCGUUAGCCCUAACGGCAUUGCAGAUCGUGAGGAUGAGCUACUUGAUUUUAUUCCCGGGAUGUCGAAGUGCCAUCUCCGGGAUUUGCAGGAAGGAAUACUUAUCGGAAACUUGGAAUCACCCUUCAACCGGAUGUUACAUCAGAUGGGUCAGAUGCUUCCACGUGCCGCUGCGGUUUUCAUCAACUCAUUUGAAGAGAUGGAGCCUGCCAUCAUGGCGGAUGUGAAGUCAAAGUUGAAGAAGUGUCUCACCGUGGGGCCGCUAACGAUCUUGGCCCCACCGCCAACCGGUCCAGACGAGACCGGCUGCCUAGCGUGGCUGGACCGCCAAAAGCCCCGCUCCGUGGUUUAUGUGGGCUUUGGAUCAGUGAUCACACCUCGGCCUCCUGAGCUCACUGUCCUUGCAGAAGGGCUAGAGGCCAGUGGUGCACCAUUUUUGUGGUCCAUUAAAGACAACGUAAAGGCCCAAUUGCCAAUUGGGUUCGUUGAGAGAACACAGGAGAGGGGAAAGCUGGUUUCAUGGACCCCACAGAGGCGUGUGCUGGACCAUCCGGCGGUCGCCGUGUUUAUAUCACACGGUGGAUGGAAUUCAGUUGUGGAGAGUUUAUCCAGUAGGGUGCCGCUGAUCUGCCGUCCAUUUUUUGGAGAUCAAAGGCUGAGCGCACGAUUGGUAUCGGGAGAAUGGGGGAUUGGGGUCACAAUUAGGGGUGGGGUCUUUACCAGGGAAGGACUGAUGGACGCUCUGGAUUUGAUUUUGAAAAAGGAGGAAGGAAAGAAAAUGAGGGAGAAAGGUGGGACCCUACGAGAGCUUGCAAGAAAAGCGGUUGGACCAGAAGGGAGUAGUGCGCUGUAUUUCAAUGAUUUAUUGGAGAUAGUCUGCAAGACAUAAACCCUCUCGCAAGCAAGGUUUUAAGAGAGGCCUAAGGCUGUGUUUGGCUUAAUUUGCAGUGUUAAAUGACUUUUUAGUGUAUUUUGUUAGGUGUCGGUAAUCAACAUUGGAAUUUAAAGAUAUUAGCUGCGCUUGCGCUUGACAGUGAGAUUAGGUAAUUUAUUGCACCUUUUUUUUUUUAA